UGUGGACUGCUGCGGGGACCAGGGCGGGAUUCGCUGUGCACCACCUGCAAACUGUAGGUUUGGUGCCUCCUGGCGCUAUAUCGUGUCAUAGUAAAAUCUUUGGGGAAAAGAGAAUUGGCCUGCUUCCCUGAGAGUGGUAGAUGUGCAGGGGAGAGCUGCAUGGGAGGACCAGUCAUCCGGUGGCUACUUUCUACGUUUUACAGCAGGAAGCAGAGCCAGUUGAAGAGUCCAUGUUGAUCUUGGAAAUAGAAGGAUUUAAAAACAUUUCUACAAAGAACUUUAUCAUCUCCUUUUUGAUCUGAAGAUUGGGGGACCAUGGAUAUCAUAGAGACAGCAAAACUUGAAGAACACAUGGAAAAUCAGACCACCGAUCCGGCAAACACGUACACCAGGCCUGCCGAACCUGCCGAAGAGGAAGAAAAAAAUGGCAACGGUAAACCCAAGAGCUUAUCCAACGGGCUGCGGAAGGGCACCAAGAAGUACCCCGACUACAUCCAGAUCGCUAUGCCCACCGACUCGAGGAGCAAGUUCCCCCUGGAGUGGUGGAAAACGGGCGUCGCGUUUGUGUACGCGCUUUUCAACCUCGUCUUGACCACCGUCAUGAUCACCGUGGUACACGAGAGGGUCCCUCCCAAGGAGCUCAGCCCUCCACUCCCAGACAAGUUUUUUGAUUAUAUUGAUCGGGUGAAAUGGGCAUUUUCUGUAUCAGAAAUAAAUGGGAUUAUAUUAGUUGGAUUAUGGAUCACGCAGUGGCUGUUUCUGAGAUACAAGUCAAUAGUGGGGCGCAGGUUCUUCUUCAUCAUCGGAACGUUGUACCUGUACCGCUGCAUCACCAUGUACGUCACCACCCUGCCCGUGCCCGGGAUGCACUUCCAGUGCGCCCCGAAGCUCAACGGAGACUCUCAGGCAAAAGUGAAGCGGAUCCUGCGGUUGAUUUCCGGUGGAGGAUUGUCCAUAACUGGAUCGCACAUCUUGUGCGGAGACUUCCUCUUCAGCGGCCACACGGUUGUGCUGACGCUUACUUACUUGUUCAUCAAAGAAUAUUCUCCCCGUCACUUCUGGUGGUAUCACUUAGUCUGCUGGCUGCUGAGCGCCGCUGGGAUCAUCUGCAUCCUCGUAGCUCACGAGCACUACACUGUCGACGUCAUCGUGGCCUAUUACAUCACCACGCGGCUGUUUUGGUGGUACCACUCUAUGGCCAACGAAAAGAACCUGAAGGUCUCUUCACAGACUAAUUUCUUGUCUCGUGCCUGGUGGUUCCCCAUCUUUUAUUUUUUUGAGAAAAACGUACAAGGCUCCGUCCCUUGCUGCUUCUCCUGGCCACUGUCCUGGCCACCCGGCUGCUUUAAGUCAUCCUGCAAGAAGUAUUCCCGGGUCCAGAAGACCGGGGAGGACAACGAGAAGUCUACCUGAGGAGCGAGACAAAGGCAUCGGCUCUUAGACCAAAAGAGGUGGCACUGUAACCAAAGGUAUAGUUUUGUUUUGUUUAUUUUAGGAGAACUGACUGGUGAAUGAAGAAGUGGACCAAAUUUUGUGUAAAUGAUUAGAAAGGUGAAGAAAGUGUUGCCCUUUGCCUGGUUUUUUACUCAUCCUGAGAAAGUUACCUUCUCCUGGCUCUUCAUACACGGUGACAAGCCCUCCACCUGGGACUUUACAGAUGAGCUUGUUAAAGAGGUGCCAAAGGACGCGUUCCUCCUUUCCUUAGUCUUUCCCCACUAAAGAAUUUUUUCAGGACUUUUUUCCCCUCCAAGGUCAGAAGAAUUUUGUCAGUGUUUUAAAUAAACUAUCUGGACAGAUAACAACUGCUGUGUAAAUAGAAUAACCUAAUGUUGAGAGUGGAUUUGAGCAUUAGGCCUGUGAGUGAGGGGGAGAUCCAGGGGUUGUGAGUAAACUUGGGGUGAACUUAUUUCUACCCUAUCAGGGGGAAGGUCGGGGGUAGGUCUGCGAAUAUGUACUGCUGCUACCACCCAAUGUACUGUGUGUCACUUUGACUUUAUUUUUUUAAACUGAUAAUUUUAUUUAAAACAUUAAAGAAACGUGAUCUAAGUAAAUAUGGAAAUAUUUGACACACCCCACAGAUUUUACUUGUGUGUAAAUAUUUGAUUUUAAGAUCUCCAUGACAGAUGCACAGGAAAUGUGGGGCUGUUUCCGCUCACAGUGGUCCUUGUUUGCACACUUGCCUGCUAUCUGCCUAGGACAUUUGCACCUGGCAGCCCCAGGGCACCGGCUGCUGAGCACGGGCUGGAAACUCCCGUGAACUGAUGCUCGUGCCACUUGCCACGCGGGGAACAAGCCUGCGUUCCUGUCCCAGGUCUCGCCCUGGGUGAGGUCUGUUUCAGAGCUGCUCAUUGGAACUCAGAAAUACCGUUGGUCACAUUUUACUGAAAACCCAUUUCCAGUUACAUUCUUGCGUUAUGGAAAAACCAAGAUGAAGUCUAAAAGCUUAUUGCAUCCUUGCCUUUUUGCAAGAGGCUCAGCUUCUUAUAAAAGGAGUGUUUAUAGGAAGGACUAAGGAGACAUACCGCAAUGGAGUCGUUUUACUUUGACCCUGAAAUUACACCACGGUGCUGCACUAUAACCUACUGUUGGAAUCAGGGUGUUAGGCAGUUACACUAAUCUAUAAAGGGGGCUCGUUGUUUAUAAAGUUCUUUCAGGUGGUGCAAGAUGGAUGGACUUGAUCUGAUUUGAUGCUGUCAGACUUAGUGCAUUGUUUAACGCUGUUGGGUCUUGUGGAUAAUUCUUAAUUUCUUACAAUUUCUAGUAACUUUAGAAAAAGACCUAAGGUUACAAAAUCAUCAACACAGAGAGCAGAGGGCCAGCUGGGGUAGAAAGAGGCAGUUACAUUUAUGUCAAAGGUAAAAAUUUCCCUCCACUUAGAAUGAAAAAUUAACCAAAAAACCCUGAAUUCGUCAUUAUGGCCUAGUCAGCCCUGUUUGGAUAUACAGAAUUGGCCUUUAAAUUGCAUGAGAGAAGUGCAGUACAAACUUAGAUGUGUUCGGAAGGGUCAUCAUCCUUUGGUGCUAGAAUUUUGUGUUUCCAGUGUAGCUCUUGCUCUGUGAAACAGAAGAAUCACCAACGGAAACAAAGUAGAAUUCAACUCCAGGAAGGAUUCUCUAAUCUGGCUAUUUAAAACAAGAAACGAAACCAUAAACCUCUUGGCAGGUUUUGAAAUGCAAGUAGUUUUCCUGGUAUUUAUUACUAAUCCAAUAAGAAACAUAUCUAUACCUUACCUGGUGUGGUUAGCCAUAAUUCUACAUGAUUUUCUCUUACUAAAUAUUGAUACUUGUGAUAGAACAAGGUGUUCUGCCUGAAAAUGCUGAUUUUGGGUUCCUGUUGUCCAUUUGUGAGGAAAAGUGUCUGACACCGAAGCCUGGGUUUUGCUCUCCCAGCACAGGUAUAUUGAGCUCCAAUUUAAAUAAGACAACCUGGUAUACCUUGGAGCCUUAUUCCGCUACAUCUUAGAUAGCCCACUUUUUGUUGAACUAAAUUAGGAAGUGUAUUUAAGCUUUUCAGAUCCUGGUGAGUUGAUUAUUGGAGACCCUUGAAACAGUUAAACCUAGCAUUUUAGUCAAGUAACUAGUUUCUUCUUCUUCUUUUUUUUAAAUAAUGCCAUCAUCUUUUAAAGAAGCUUUAAAAACAUCUCUGACCCCACAUGUGGACACUGCUGCUCCCAUAGAUGCCCUGGAAGCAUGUGGUAGCAAAAUAAGGUAGAGGCAGAAAUACCAAAGUUUCAAGAGAAAUAGUGAAUCUCAUUUACAUUCAGUUUGAAAGCAAACUUGAGGUUUGACCCAACAUGCCACUUUGGAAUAUAAAACAUGAACAAUUACUAGACUUUCUGUGGUGAUCAUUUCGCAGUGUAUAGAAAUAGCGAAUCAUUGUUGUACACCUGAAACUGGGUCGAUUGUAUCUCAAUUUUAAAAAA